AUGGUGGGUUUUUGGCUAGUGGUUUAUGGCAUCGCUCAGCAGGUAACGUUACUGUUAAUAAAUUGCCAAACUCUGGCACAGGAUGAAACUAUACAGUUCAUAUGACAAAUUUAUAACAAACCUUCAGACGUUCAGUUGAUACUUCAAGACGUUCAGUUGAUAUACUUCAAGACGUUCAGUUGAUAUUUCAAGCAAAGACCUUGUAAAGUUAACCUGAGUAAUUUACUAGAACUUUAUUCUGAAUCCUACUAUUAAAAUUAUCAACUUUCGAAACAAAAAUUACUCAAAUUACACACAAUAUACUUUUCUGUGUACUAAUGUUUCCUAUAUUCUCUUUUACAUGAAGUAUUAAACAUAAAGUAAACAAAAAAUCAUUAACAUAAAUUAUAAAAGUAUAUAAAAUGUCAAAACCUUUUCUACAGUACAGGCUAUUUUUCUGGGAAUUGGUAUUGUUUUACUGUUUAGUACAUAGCCCAAUCGGGCAUGACAGGAACUGGUGAAUCCAGCAUGUCAACUACUGGUGGACCCAGCAUGACAACAAUUGGAGAAUCCAGCAUGACACCAACUGGAAACCCCAGAAUAACAGCAACUGGUGAAUCCAAUGUGACAGCGAGUGGUGAAUCCAGAAUGACAGCUACUGGUGAAUCCAGCAUGACAACAAUUGGUGAAUCCAGCAUGACACCAACUGGAGACCCCAGUGUGACAGCAAUUGGAGAAUCCAGCAUGACACUUGAUAAUGGUGAAAUCAGCAUGACAACAUCUGGUGAAUCCAUCAUGACAACAUCUGGUGAAUCCAUCAUGACAACAACUGGUGAAUCCAUCAUGACAACAACUGGUGAAUCCAGCAUGACAACAACUGGUGAAUCCAGCAUGACAACAACUGGUGAAUCCAGCAUGCACACAACUGGAGAACCCCAAAUUUUUGUAGUGGACGAAGACGUAUCAGGAUCAACAACUGAAU